AUGGCGAAGCGACCUGAGGAAGACGAGCCUGACUCGUCGUCUUCCCCUUCUCCGCGGAAACGGAAGCGUCUGCGGCCGCUUGAACCGUCCCUCGCGCAGUCCCCUUACUCCGUAUCUCUCGCCGCAUCCUCCUCAUUCGCCUCGCCUGCUCUGCCGUCUGAUGCUUCUCUCUCGUCCUCUCCAUCUCUGUCGUCUUCUUCUUCGCUUCUUUCUCCCUCGAUUCCUUCUUCGUUUUGCAUGUCUGCCCUCUGUUCGAAUCGCGAAGGCGGCAGCCGCAGAGAGGAGCAGAGGCGCGAUGGGAACGAGGGAGUUUCGCCGCUUCUGCGCCCGAGCGGAGGCGCGCGCCACGACGAUUCCCAGCUUUUCUCGCCUUCAUCCGACCCAGGCGUCUCCACCUUCUCAGAGGAGACUGGCGAGAAUGCUGGCCUCGAAGAGGGCGCGGAGGUCGACACCACCUGCAGCCCUGCCUGCAGGACGCGCGCACGAAGGCCGCCUGUCUCUUCUUCCUCGGCGUCUUCUACGUGUCUCCCCGACAGCGCCGUGAGUGCGCAGACGUGCGCGUCGCUUCUCGCCGGCGUGUGGCAGCCGCAUCUCGCGGCGUUUCCUAGCCAAAGGCGCGCGCGUCUGCUACUCAAGCGCCUUGCGGCGAGCGGCCGAAGCUGCCUUGCUGGCCCGGUGUCUCUCCGUGUUUCUUCUGCGUCGUCUGCUUCGCCUUGCAGCCCUCUGGCUGCGGCCGCGAGCGAGGCCUCCGCGGUGGCGGAUGCAUGCGCACGAGAAGGCGAGCCGCAGCACGCGAUGGGCUACCCGCCUUGCGUCCUCCUCCACGGCGUGCCGAGUGUCUCGCGCGACGCGGCGGCCUUCUUCUUUCUCUCGCAACUCUACAGCACGCGCGUCGCUCCUCUCCUCGCGCCGUCAAGCGGCAAAGGCGGGACGCCGGCGGGUGCGGUCGAGCGGCGCGGCGUCCCGGCGGCUUCUCCGUCGUCACCGCCAGCGGCGGCCGCUUCGCCUUCUCUCACUCCGGCCUCGGCGUGGAUUGUGCGACGAAAUCGCUUCUUCACACAGCUCCACGGACCGUCGCUGAACGUGGCGAGCUACUCGCCAGAGAGCUGGCGGACGCUCCGCGCCCUGAUUCUCCAAGUCCCGCUGGAGGCGCGGCGGUCGCGGGGGCUUUUCUCCGCCGCGAGCCCUCAGUCCUCCGAGAGGCGCUGCGGCCUCCGGUCCUCGCGCCCGGCCGCUUCUUCGCGCGCGCGCUUUCCCCGGGCGACACUGUUCAUCGAAGACAUCGACCAAGUCGCACCUUCUCUCCAGCGGCGCCUCGCGGCGCUGCUGCUGCGCAUGCAGCAGAGGACGUCUUCUCGCGGCGCGCCGGCUGCCACAGCAGUCGCCUGGCUCUUGACGGCGUCGCAUCCGCACCUUGUUGCGCCGGCGCUGCGCGGCAGCUGCGCGGCUGUUCGGCUUCCGCUGCCCUCGGCCUGCGAACUCGCGGGCUGCGUAGCGGGGCGCGGAGAAGCGGGACAUGCGAGACCAUCGGCAGGCGGCGAGAGAAAGCCGGGCGCGGACGCGCGCGAGUGGGCGAAGGAGGCUCGAGCUCAGGCCGGGGACGUGACCGUGGGACGAUCCGCGCGCGCCGAGAAGACAGAGAAACAGGAAAGUCCCUCCAGGGAGGAGCGUGGCACGAGGACGCAGUCGUCAUACCACGCAGAAAGCGACGCAGAGGACGACUCAGAAGGCACUCGCGCGGGCCUCAACCCGGCGUCGGCGUCCUCUUCGUCGCGCUGUCGCGCAUCCUCUGCGGCGCUGCAUCUGCUCGCCCGAGCCCAGGAUCUGUGCCCGCUCUCCGUUUACUUGUCUCUCUUGCGCGCGGAGCGAGGAGACGCUUCCGCCGGCGCGCUGCUGGAAAAGCUCGCCUCGCUCGCGUCGCGUCCGCCUCUCGAGCGUGACGCGGCGGGAGAGUGCUGUAAAGCCGAAUGCAAAAACGAAGAGAAGGAUGAUGAGUGCGUGCCGGAGCGUGCGGAAGCCGGGGGAGAGAAACUCGCGGCGAACGGAGAGGAAGGCGCAGACGGCCUCCAACGAGAGACGCAUCGCGCGUCUUGUCCAUUUUGGAGCCGGGAAAGCACAGAGGGCUCGCUUGCCUCGUCUUCACUCGUCGCGAGUCUCUGCGGAGAAGACGUGAGGAGGCCCGUAAACGAACGCAUUCGGAAAAUCGCGCAUCUGAUCCGAAGCAGCAAAUGCUGCUCACGCAGUCCUCAAGUCCUCCGCCGUCUGUGGCAGUCGGCGCUGCAGCACGACAACCUCUUCCGAACUCGCGACGCAGAUGCGAUUCUUCUCGACCUCCGGAGGGCGCUCCUCGACUCCUCGGAACCCGACAAAGUUUUCUCCGCAGAGCUUGUGCACCUUCUCGCGGAUACGUCUUUCGAGAUCGCGAGAGGCGAGUUCGCCCUGGGUGUGACGCCGAGUCUUGAGCUGCUGUCGCUGCGUGCCUCGCGCCUAUAUCACGCAAGUCGGCUCCGUCGAGAAGCAUCCGAGGCGCAGAGCGAAUCGGAAGCGGGCGCCGAAGGCGGAAAGGAGGCGCGCGAUGCCGCGGCCGGCCCCGGGGCUGCAGCAGAGGCGCUUGAAGGGGCGGAGCGGUUUUGUCGAGAGGAAACCCAGUCGGGCGCGGGACGAGAGUCUGCGUCUGCGGCAGAGAAAAGCAUAGAAGGAAGCGGUGAGACUGGAGACAGGGGCACUUGCUCGCUCCACAGGCCAAAUGCGUCGACCUCGUGCGAGGCAAAUGUCGGGGUCUCUCUCUUCGACUCCGAUGAGUGA